UUAUGACAUUAUGAUGUUCCGCCAUGAGCACGGUGUAUUUCAUUUUGAAAAUUAAACGGAUCUUUUAUUUUGUUUCUGGCUGUUCUGUUUUUUUGCUUCACUUCCCGUCCUGCGUACUCUGCCCUGUGGUGCUGCGCAGCCCCCGGGCAUCCGGCAAAAACAGAAGCUCUGAGUAUUUGCUCCGGAGGGCUGCGGAUCGCCGGAGUCGGAACGCAGCCGUCCCGCAGUUUAGGUUCAGCAUGCUGACUGCUAUUCGAGCCACCAGACGUUCCCUGGGAUUCUUCAGGAGUGUCUCUAACUAUGCCAUUGACUCAGGCUACCAGCAAGCCAAUGUCGUCAUCCUGCCCAAUCAUCUGGCCAAGGACUUUGAAGAGUUCUGUCGCAGAAACCCCGCCCCCUUGCCACUUCUUUAUCACAGCCGGUCAGGGGAGACUUCCUGCACACCUCUUGCGAGAAAUGCUGAUAUCAGGACGGACAUUUCUCAGUACCAUGUGUAUGAAGAGGGUUGUCUGGUGAAAACGGUCUCAAGUCUGCAGAGUUACUGCGCUCAGCCGAGUGCUCCCGGCACUGCCCCUCAUGGCCCGUGGUCAGACAUGGUUUGUUUCUAUCUGGGCUGCAGUUUUGGCUUUGAGGGCCGGCUGAGGAAAGCUGGAGUCCCGGUCAGAAACGUGGAGCAAGGCACAUACGUCAGCAUGUACAGGACUGCUGUUCUCUGUGUUCCUGCGAGUGUGUUCCCCUGCACUCCUAGAGGUCUAAUGCGUCCUGUUCCUGCAAACCAUGUUUGAACGCAGCAGUAGAGGUCCACUCACCUCAAACCGCUUUGUCAUGGAGCUCCUGUCCACAUCGGAGACCAAGCUCUCCUUGGCAUACACGACCUGUCCACACCGGACUACGGAGAGCCGGUCCAACUACUGCCCGGAGAUGUCCCUGUGUUCUGGGCCUGUGGAGUGACCGCUAUAGAAGCAAUACUCUGCAGCAAGCCUCAUCUGGCAUUCAGUCACUCCCCAGGCUGUAUGUUCCUGACUGACAUCCCAGACUCGCCCCCUUCUCCUCCACACCAACCCAGCGAAAGCUCCGUGGAUGGCGAGCCCUCCACAAAUCCCAACGCCGAACUGUUUCCCUGCUGCUUCCAGAUAUCCCACAAUCCCUUGCUGUUCAGUUUGGCAUCUCAGAGGGCCGUGGCAAAGAUCAGACAGCUGGAGACGAUUAUUGGAGAGGACCCAGGCCAGCGAGGGAUCAGAGCUUUAUUUGUUCAGGACGAACUUUUGCGCUCCUGUCUGGCACUCUCGCACUCCAACUCCGUUGCUAUAACAACUGGCUUUCCAACACACCACAUGCAAAGUCCCCCUGACGAGACCGACGGCCCGCCUGGAGCCAUCGCCAUGGCGACCAUGCUGUUGUCUCUAGGGAAACAGGUGACAAUGGUGACGGACAGGAGAGCCUUGGAGAUGAACCGGGCCAUCGUUGAUGAAGCAGUGAGGACAGGUGUGCUGAAAACUGCAAUUCCAAUCGUCACGUUUGAAGAAAGCGGCCCAGACUCUGCCCUACACUUCCUGUGUCACCAUGGAGACCCCAACAAGCCCAGGUACGACCACCUGGUGGCGAUAGAGCGCACUGGACGUGCUAAAGAUGGAAAUUACUACAACAUGAGAGGAGUCAACAUCAAACAUCUGGUGGAUCCCAUUGAUAACUUGUUUAUUGCUGCCAAGGACAUAGCCGGAAUAAUCACUACAGGCAUCGGGGAUGGUGGUAAUGAGUUGGGGAUGGGCGGACUGAGGGACAAGGUGAGGACCAUGAUGCCCAACGGGGGGCUGAUAGCCUGUGAUGUUCCUGCAGACUACGCCGUCACUGCCGGGGUGUCCAACUGGGGAGGAUAUGCUGUGGCCUGUGGGCUCUACCUGCUCCAGACCUGCCCCUCCCACCAGAGAUACAGACUCCGAGGACUGGGUGUGGAGCACGCAACCCCCCAAGAACAGCUGCAGGACUGGACCGCUAACCUGCCAUCUGUGGACAAGGAGGAGUCCAUCCUUUCCACUCUGGUGCGUUUUGGGAUACGAAGCGGGAAAACUGGUCACCUGGCCAUGGAGGUGGAUGGUUUGUCCUUUCACCCCACGCACUCCGACAUCAUCACCAGACUGCUGGAGGUCACACUGGGCUGCACCACCCCAAACCCUUGAUCCACUUUUCCUGUUUAUUCUCAGCAAUGUCCAGACUGGAGGGGACAUUCUGCUUCCUCUCUUUUAAGAUUAGCAGAAGGAAGCAAGAGAGAAAGGACAGAAUGGAAAGAUGUGUGCGUGCGCGCGUGCGUGCGUGCGUGCGUGCGUGCGUGCGUGCGUGUUUGUGUGUGAUUUCCUUGGUUACCUUUCAGCCCUCUUCCUUAACUAAUGAUGAGGAAGCAAAGUAAAAUCAGGGCUUAUUUCUCUGUCUGAACAAAUUAACUGCUAUUCUCAUUCUUUUGAUUGUUUGUAUAUAAAUAUAGUUGAUGCAGUAACUAGAAGGUGUGAUAAUAACUGUGAUGUCACAGACAUCACUAGAUCUAUAGAACUGUUAAAUGAAUAAAUAAAUAAAUCUGUCAUUGUGCCAUGUAUGGUAGUGCCCAGUCCACCAAGUGCUAUUACUGUUUCAAACAGGAGUUGCUGACGUAGGAAUGCUAAUUAGCUAUGCUCCUUUCUUAAAUAUAAUAUUAAAUAAUGAUUGACAAUUGGAGUAUACAUUAAUGCCAGGAAGCCGUCAGAAUAAAGACUAUCAAUCUUAUUAACCUGA